UGGUCGUUUCUCAAUCAGAAGGCUGCAACCUCCGGAGGUCGCAUUUCCAGGCUGCAUACGUCAUCAAGACUUCGUCUUAUUUCAGGAUAUUAACAAUUAUAAAAUUAAAUAUUAUUCUUAGUUAAUCGUAAAUUGUAGUAAUAUGCUGUAAUUCUUUAACUUAAAUAAGCCAGACUUGAUGGCGUAUGCAGCCUGCAUAUGCGACCUCAGCAGGCUUGCACUCUCGGAUUGAGAUACGGCCAUUGAAAGUCAGGCGCUCGAGCAUGCAUGUACAUGACGUCGAAGUGAGCAACAUGUUUCACAGCGACAUGGAUUCGCGUGUCGCGUCGCUGCAAAGAAAUGUUGACUUUUUGCGAGAGCAGCACAGUGAAACCCUGGGGAAAUUACAUGAUGAAAUAGAGUCUUUAAAUCGGGAAAAUAAAGAGCUGCAGUUUAGGCUGAUCAUGGAGUCUUCAAAGUCGAGCAGGUCCAGACGAAAAAUCCAGAGGCGUCAAACAGAGAACCACACAUUUCAAACAGACAGAGGAAACUAUCCGGAGCAGACCCUGGAGGAGAACCUUUUUCCACAAGGCCCAUACCUCAGCAAUCAUAAUAAAUGUAGAGAAGCCAGAUCAAAUUCCUCGGCUGCCCCCACACCAGACAAGAUAGAAGGUCCUUCAGAAGCUAAAGCAGGGUUCAUCACUUCUUUGCAGCCCUUAAUGAUCCAGUGUAGCCAAUCGGAGCCCCCUCGACCUCCCACCCUAACGGAGUGUGAGGUCAUCAUACGACAGUUGUAUAAUGCUAACAGUCUGCAGUCUCAGGAGAUCCUGCGUGUGAAAGCUCUUCUCAAAGACUUUGUUUUCAACAAGAAAAUCACAGCAGAGAAUUACAUUUUGACCAAGGCUUAUCUUGCAGAUGGUAAAAGAACUGACAAGUCAGAUAAACUUCCCAAGCUUCCUCUCCAAACAUUGCCUAGAGGACUUAUAAACAGGCCUGCAUGUCAGGCUAGCAAAGCAGAGAAAGUGAUCCUCCCCGCCCUCACACGCAGCCUGAGCAACAAUAUAGCAGAAAGACACAGGAGGACUCAGGCUGUGCAAAGACGUCGGUUACAGAGGACUAUGCACUAAAGAAACCAGGCUGCAGUAGUAUUGUACAGAGUGUAUUUUAUUCAUCAAGCAAUACACGAACUGUUAAGGCUUUUGUGUAAUACACAAGAUGUGGACGUAAAUAAAAAAGACAAAGAAACGCAAA